GCUAGGCGACCGAGAUGCGCGUGGAGCGGGUCCCACCCCGGAGCCCAGCAGGCGGAAGCGCGGAGAUGGCUGCGAGAUGGACCGCAGCCUGCCACUUUUCUCCAUCCAGGACAACCCCUUUGAGGAAGCUCCCCUGGGGCAAAGUCACUAUUGGCCAUCCCAAAGCCAGACCUCACACCCCAAGACCCUGAGCCCAUCCAGGAACCAGAGAUCCAGACUCUCAGAAGCUCCUGAGGCUCUUGCCACAGGUUCCGACCCCACCACAGGUCCCGACCCCACCACAGGUCCCAGACGCUCUGAGCAGUUUGAGGCGUCCUGGCCAUCCAGUUCAGACACCUCUACCCCGCCACCCACCCUGAUUGACAGUGGAGAUUCUGUGGUAGCCAAGUACAUAAACAGAUUCCGCCAGGCUCAGCCAACAAGCCGAGAGGAACGGCAGCCCCCAGGCUCAACCCUGGCUGACUUUUGGUGGCUUCAGCCUGAAUCUCCAGGCCUCAGCAGUGAAACUGCCUCAGGAGCCAGUGAAUCCGAAGGAAGUUCCAGUACAGCUGUCCCGACUCUGGCCAAGAUGGCCAGUGUGUCUCAGGUGAAGGCUGUGGCCCCCCUUCAGGAAAUAAAGCAGAACCUCAACACGUGGAGCUCCCCUCUGCUGGACCUGGAGACCCUGAGCCUGCAGAGCAGGGCUGCCAAGCUGCUCAAACGCAGCAAGGCCUCCAUCUCCUCCUCCCUCAGCCCCAGUGAUGCCAGCAGCUCCUCAGUGCCCACCAGCUCUGAUGGCCUCUCUCCUUUUACCAUGCCCUUCACCCCUGACUCCGGCAAGGGCUAUGAACCCAGCAUACCCGAAACCCCAGCAGUGGCUCCCACGCCUGUUCCAGCCCCAGCCUCCACCAGAGCACCUCUGAGGCCAGAGGAUGAUAUUUUAUACCAAUGGCGGCAGCGGAGGAAGCUUGAACAGGCCCAGAAACUUGAACAGCCUCCAGAAAGAGGCCAGGGUGAUGGAACCUGGGUGCUACCUCGGAACCUUCCAGGCCCCACUCCAGUCUCUGUCCCCAUCAGUCUACAGACCUCCCCUGCCCCUGUGGAGAACCUUAGUUCCACGGGAAUCCAGCCUAACAGUGUCCCACAUUGGGACAGUGUGGCCCGACCUGGUCCCCCUGAGGCCUUCUAUGUGGGGAGGCCUCCUGCUCCUCAAGCGUUCACACCACAUAUGUUUUGGGGCCCGAGCCCUCCUGGGGUCUUCUGGACCCCACAGUUCAGUCCCUGGGUACCUCUCGGCGCUGUCCCUCCCAUGCCCCCAACCUUAGCUUCUGCGCCCCCAGCCAACACCCCUGUUCCUCUGGCUUCCAUGCCUACACCACUGGUCUCCACUCCAGCUCCCCCUGUCACCCCCCAAGGUCAUCCCACCCUUGCACCAAGAAGCUCCUCCCUGCUUAGGAGUCAAGGCCCCAAACCCCAGAAAAGCCAAACCCCUCCCCACUACCAGGAGCCCACUGGGCAAGUCCUGGCGGCUGAGGAGGGGCCUGGCCCUCAGCUCAGAGGCGCCCUGGGUCAGGUAGUGACCGCUCGCCUGUUCCUGGACAGCCUAGAGGACACGCCCCCUCGCCUCGACGGCCCGCCUCCGCCCGAGUCUGAAUCUGCGAAAGUCAAGGCCACACACACCCAAACUAAGGUUACCCCGCCUCUGUCCCCUCUGUCCGAAUCCCGGUCGCAGCCUGCCGAGACCCCGCCGGGGUCGUCUAAGGCCGCGGCGCGGUACGCCAGGGCCACGCCCCCCGCCGCGGGGCUGGUGCCGAAGAAAGACAAAGGCCCCACGCGAGCCGAGUGUCGGCAGCCCCGGGUCCCGCCCCCUCCGGCCGAGGACUCGCCCCCGCACCCCGCAAGGCCGGCGCCCGACUGCCAGGCAGGGGCCACGCCCCCACCCGCUGCUGGCCACGCCCCCUCCGAGGAUCUCCUCUCCCAGGCUGCUCAGCUCCUGGCGGCUGCUGAAGAUUCUGAUGGCAGCGAGUUCCCAGAGGACCCCGUACUACAGGUGCUGAGGCUUCAGAGGGCCGAGCUGCGGCGGCAGAAAAGGAAAGUGGAUGCCCAGUUAGCGCGCCUCCUGGAACAUACUGAGGACCCAGGAUCCUGGUCCCCUCCAGCCAGGUCGACCCCCAGGUCUCCAAGGAUGCGACGUCAGAGGGAAGGAGACUUUCUGGAAGCCAGACAGCUUUGAAUUGUACAAAUUCUUUUCCCUGGUAGAGCACUUUUUCUGUAAUCCCAGUGAAAUGUUCUUUUCAGGUUACUAGAAACCUGAGAAAGAGGUGGUUCUGGAAAAGCCAAGGGUGGGGAGGGGAUCCAGACAAGACUUGGGGGUUCACCUUACCUGACUUCACUCAGGAGUAUAUCUGGCCUCUGCACAGGUUAAUUCACCUUCCCUGUGACCAGCCCUGCCGCCUCCCUCCUUGAAGCUCUUCCACUUCUCAUUGCCCCAACCUGCCACUUCGUUGCAUUCCAGAACCUUCUGGCCUUCUCUGUCUCCACUCAUUCUCAGAUGGAGCUUAUGGAUCUCAGUCCCAUCUCUAAUUCUGAUAGUCCCCAAAUUUCUGUCUCCAUCCUGGACUUGGCCACUCAACCUUGUGCUCCUCUCCUCUGCUACCUGCUCACCAUUUCCGCUCAAAGGUGAAACUCCAGUGUCCUAAACUGAGUUCCCAGUUUUCCCCCUAAACGUAUUCCUUCUCGACUUUUGUUGGCUCCAUCCUAACCUCUUAGGCCAAAAGCCUCAUAGUCAUCCCUGACUCUUCUUUCCCUGAGGUCUGCAGUCAAUUGGCCGGAAGUCCUGUCAUCUCUGCCUUUAACAUUUAUUCCAAAUAUAACUCGUCCUCUCAGUCAAGGCUGUCAUCACCUGUCUGGACAAUUGGGAAACCUAUUGUUUUGUCUGAAGACUUCCUUGACACAAUUCUCAACAAAAAGUUGUCUGUGCCCCUCCUUGAAAUUGAGAAGAACCUUGUGACUUCCUCAACAAUGCAGAGAAAGUGAUAGGCUCUUUUUAAACUGUAUUAGAAAAAAGAAUACAAUACAUGCUGGUUCUCUCCCUAUUCCCCCCCUACCCCCUCUUUGAUGAAAGCUUUAGCCAUAGGCUGCCAGAUAAAAAGUCCACUUGCCAUUCUCAGUAGGAGUUUGGUUGCAUAAGAUGUGUGCAGUUGUCAAAAUUCAGUGUAAUCUAUAAUAAAUUCAUUGUACAUGAAAUUUACACAUACGCAAAAAACUAAAAAUAUGCAUGCUGGACUGUUUCCAGAACAAUAUACCAAAAUCUCUCAUUUGUUUGAAAUACAUCCAAAAAUUAAUUGGGUAAAUGGGUUAAUAGAGCAGUGAUAAAUAGAUGUGAUAAUUAAUAGAUAUAUAAAUAAUAGAUGUGAGAAAGCCAAGAGAGUAAAAUGUUAAUGGUAGAAUCUAAGUGAUGGGGCUUUGGGUGACCACUGUAAAACUUUUCAUAAUAAAAGGUUAGAAAAUGUAUGUUCAAGAUGACUUUAAUGUCUGUAUUUGUUUAAAAGGGGGGACAGGGUAGAUUUCUAAUAAGUAGCUUCUCUUUGUCACAGACAGUUGUGUGUGUAUUCAA